GAUAUGGCAAGACAGAUAACGAAGAUAUGAUAAACGUCGAGGAUUUGGAUACGAGAUAAAGAUAAGAAGUUAAUGCAGAAAUACAAGAGAUUACCAUUCAGUCGACAUGUUGAAGUUUGGACUUGUUACGCUGCUUCUCGCCCAAGCAUGUACUGCUUGGGAGAACUUCGUGUACCCGCUCGGCCAUGCGAGUACCUGCUUAGAGACUGGAACGACAUGUCUUUCUUGUAAUGCGCUUGUUAACUGCUUCCCCACUGAGCAGGGUCUCGAAUCCCUUGUAAUCCCCUGCCCUCCUGACACUAAGUGUCAUGUGGAAAGGGGUGUCGCUUCCUGCUUCCCACAGUACGAAGUAGCCGAAUGUACAUGUCCGAGUCUGGGCGUGUUUCCCGAUCCCUACAGCGAACACCACUACUUCGUCUGUUAUCCUGAAGACGACAACACUAUGACAGCUGUUGAGGCCGAGUGCCCAGAAGGAANNNAUUUUUCCAACAUGUUUCCAGACUGUGUAGAAGAGAUCGUAGGGGAGAUAUGCACGCAGCCGGGAGUCUUCCCCACGUCGACCUGCUCUCGAGGCUUCUACUACUGCGUCUACCAAGAGGGAAGCAGCCGUCUCGUUCAGGUGCGGUUCACCUGUUCGCGGCUCGAGGUUUUCCACCCGAGCCUCCGGGAGUGCACAAGCCCGGAGGCGGUCACGGAAUGCUCACAGACAUCCACUUCCCGCCCCGAGUGGACCACAGACCCCUGGUGGAGGACAUCCACUUCCCGCCCUGAGUGGACCACAGACCCCUGGUGGAGGACAUCCACUUCCCGACCCGAGUGGACCACAGACCCCUGGUGGAAGACAUCCACUUCCCGCCCUGAGUGGACCACAGACCCCUGGUGGAAGACAUCCACUUCCCGACCCGAGUGGACCACAGACCCCUGGUGGAGGACAUCCACUUCUCGACCUGAGUGGACCACAGACCCCUGGUGGAAGACAUCCACUUCCCGACCCGAGUGGACCACAGACCCCUGGUGGAGGACAUCCACUUCCCGACCCGAGUGGACCACAGACCCCUGGUGGAAGACAUCCACUUCCCGACCCGAGUGGACCACAGACCCCUGGUGGAAGACAUCCACUUCCCGCCCUGAGAGGACCACAGACCCCUGGUGGAAGACAUCCACUUCCCGCCCUGAGUGGACCACAGACCCCUGGUGGAAGACAUCCACUUCCCGCCCUGAGUGGACCACAGACCCCUGGUGGAAGACAUCCACUUCCCAACCUGAGACAUCCACUUCUCGACCUGAGUGGACCACAGACCCCUGGUGGAAGACAUCCACUUCCCGCCCUGAGUGGACCACAGACCCCUGGUGGAGGACAUCCACUUCCCGCCCUGAGUGGACCACAGACCCCUGGUGGAGGACAUCCACUUCCCGCCCUGAGUGGACCACAGACCCCUGGUGGAAAACAUCCACUUCCCAACCUGAGACAUCCACUUCCCGACCCGAGUGGACCACAGACCCCUGGUGGAGGACAUCCACUUCCCGCCCUGAGACAUCCACUUCCCGCCUGAGUGGACCACAGACCCCUGGUGGAGGACAUCCACUUCCCGACCUGAAUAGACCACAGACCCCUGGUGGAGGACAUCCACUUCCCGCCCUGAGUAGACCACAGACCCCUGGUGGAAGACAUCCACUUCCACCUAUUUCUCUCCUACAUUGACUGUCAAUCAAAGUUCUCAUUUUCACUUUUUUUAUAAUUUCGUAAUUGAUUACAUUAUAUUUUGUAUAGAUUGUUCCGGGGGAUAUUCUGAUGAAUAAAAUACCGAUAGCAUCAAAA